AUGUCGAGCAGCACGAAAACUCUUUCCCAAACUUACGGACCGCGUCCGCAGAGUUUCACCCUCGAUGAGACCGGCGAACGCUACUACAUCGGAUCGGAGAUCGGCGCGUACCUCCGUCUGCACCGUGGAACUCUCUACAAAAAGUAUCCGCUGCUGUGGCGCAAAGUGGCCACUCCGGACGACAAGGACAAGUUGAAGCAGAUCGCCAUGUCGAAUGCCUUCUUGCACACUAAUAUAAUGUGAGUUUUUGAAAGAAUAUUCUGAAAACUUGAGAAAAAACGAGAAAUUUUAUAGGUUGCUCAAGGCGCACGAGGUUGACGAGUUGCUCGACGGCUCCGAAGAGAAGUACCGUGCCGCCGGGGCUGCUCCGUCCACUCCACGAGCCGAAGGAGCCACGCGAGCGGUAAACAAAACUCCGGCAGCCGGAUGGGCCGGACAACAAGUGACUAGCGGUUCGCAUCACCUCGAAUCCGUCCCCUGCUCAUGUCCAAUCGCUCAUUCUCGCGGCAGAAUGAAGCACAGAGAGUUGGCCUACUCUCCAGAAGACCUAGAAUUGGCGAAGCGAGUUGUGGAGAACGCGAACGAGGGCGAGGAUCUGGUGCCGAUUCGAUUGGAUAUGGAGCUGGAUGGAAUCAAGCUGAGAGACACGUUCUGCUACAAUCGCAACGAAAAGAUCAUCUCGCCGGAAAUGGUGGCUGAGAUCAUGUGCGAAGACCUGGAUCUCCCGCUCGCCAUCUUCCAGCCGGCCAUCACUGCGGCUAUCAAUCAGCAGCUCGAAGCAUCCACCGAAGCGCCGCCGCUCGACACGAACACGUGCGAUCAGAGGGCCGUCCUCAAGUUGAACAUCAACGUCGGCAAUCAGAGUCUCGUGGAUCAGUUCGAGUGGGACAUGUCGGAUGCGAACAACAACCCGGAGGAAUUUGCCCGGAACAUCUGCAAAGAACUCGGGUUGGGCGGUGAAUUCGCGUCGGGCAUCGCUUAUUCGAUCCGCGGACAACUUCAGUGGAAUCAAAUGACCUACGCGUUCUCCGAAAGCCCACUCGCCACCGUCGAUUGUCCGUUUAGGUAUGGAAACGAUAAAAACAUGCAAAAAACACCUUUUUAACCAAUUUCAGAACGUCGCAAGAGGUCGAAUCGUGGGGACCGUUCCUGGAGACGUUGACGGAUGCGGAAAUCGAGAAGAAGAUGCGCGAUCAGGACAGAAACACGCGGCGAAUGCGUCGUCUCGUCGGCGGAGGCUUUAACUACUAA